GGCAACAGUGCUCUUCAUAUCGCCGCUUCAAGAGCAAGCCUUGGAGUUACGAGAAUUAUUAUCCAAGCGGGCGCAGACUUGAAUGCCCUCAACCACAAAGGAAAACCGCCGCUGUCGUUAGCCGCAGAGAACGGGCAAGAGGCAGUAGUAAGUCUGCUGCUCACAAGGAACGGCGUCGAUCGAGACUCUAAAGACAAUGCCGGUCGGACGCCACUGUCGUUGGCCGCAGAGAAUGGGCAGGAGGGAGUAGUAAAACUACUUCUAGUGAAGAACGGCAUUGACCCCGACUCCAAG